UUGGAGUCAUGUCCAACUGGGUCACCAGGAAGGAUCAGCCAGUCAUAAAAAAAUAUGUACUACUUUAACAUGGAGAUAGCCUCAAUACUGGCACAGAUGCUAUAAUAGCACAGAUACAAAGAUGAGUCCUCUAUCAAUCUCUAUGGCUAAAACAGUCACCAGUACAGUUGCAUUUGUUUAAAAUGGCUUUUUAUUAUAAAUAAUCUGCUAUUGUGAACUGAGUGAUGGGACACGAAAACAUUUAACAGUACUGUAAAAAGUUCGAGACUUCUUGGGUCACAUGAGUGGAAACAGAGGCUAGUCCGCCAUCAGUGUUGAGCCAGCCAGUAAACGUUAGCUAACUCCUAUUGAAGCCAAACGAUUGACAGCUUGAAAAAAAGCUUUUAACUAUCACAGUCCUUGGAUGUGUUCUUCAAAACUUGCCAACGCUGUUUGAAUGUUGACUAUGCUUCACAUUAUAAUGACCCACACGAAACAGACACACGUGACUAAGAACCCCGGCCAUUGUCUGUAGCACGUGAUCCGGGCCAGCUGAGACCGAGGGAGGCUUCAAUAAUUCACGGGUUUCAAAAUAUCUACACUGAGCAGUAAAGGUUCCUAUUCUCCAGAGGAAGAGUCCACGUGCCGUUUAAGAGCCAUGACCGCCAAGUCAUCCCUGCUGAAAGUCAUCCUGCUGGGAGACGGAGGAGUGGGGAAGAGCUCCCUCAUGAACCGCUACGUCACCAACAAGUUUGACACACACCUCUUCCACACCAUUGGCGUGGAGUUCCUCAACAAGGACCUGGAAGUGGACAGCCGUCUGGUCACCAUGCAGAUCUGGGACACGGCUGGACAGGAGCGUUUCCGCAGCCUCCGGACUCCCUUCUACCGCGGCUCCGACUGUUGCCUGCUCACCUUCAGCGUGGAUGACAACCAGAGCUUCCACAACCUGGCCAACUGGAAGAAGGAGUUCAUCUACUACGCUGACGUCAAGGAGCCCGAGAAGUUCCCCUUCGUGGUGCUGGGGAACAAGGUGGAUGUGACAGAGAGGCAGGUGUCUGCUGAGGAUGCUCAACAGUGGUGUCGGGAUAACGGCAAUCACCCUUACUAUGAGACCAGUGCCAAGGAUUCCACCAACGUAGCUAUAGCCUUUGAGGAGGCAGUGCGGAAUGUGCUAGCCAUGGAGGAGAGGGCAGACCACCUCAUCCCCACAGACACAGUUAACCUCCACAGAAAGCCCCGCUCCAGUGCUUCCUGCUGUUGAUAUAAUGUAGGGCCUACAACUUAUAAAGAACUGGAGCUAGGAAGACACACAGGCUUAUCAACACUCAUGCUCUCUCAAAUAGCAUGUGCAAGCACUGGUUAGUGUCUGUGGAUGAUAAUCCACUGGGCUUGUUGGUCUCUGGACUCAUUGAUGUGAAGAGGGUACUGAAGAAUGGUGUUAUUUGUCAGAUUCCAAGAAAUGCAUUAUAAUUUCAAUCUGUACCGUAUUUGAAUUAUAUAGUCUUAAAACAUAUUACAACAAUGUGGUUGCCAGAAAUAUAUUUAUAAAGUUUAAUUUCCAAAUCUUGUUACACACUAAGUUCCUUUUUUUAUUUUGUUGUAGAAAGGGUUUCUUACACUGUGACUGAAACCAAUGUGCUGCCUUACCAGUGAAAAUAUAUUUGAUUGCAUUCAAAUUGUAUUCAGGACCUUAUCCAGAGAUAUGACCCCAAAUGUGAUACUUUAAAAGCAAGUCACUUUAAUCAACUGACCUGAAUGGGAUUAGAAUAUAUUCAUAUUUAUAACAACAAAUGUUGCUAGAUUAAUUUAUGCAGUAUUUUUAUUUGAUUAAGAUCAAGGUUUACUGUCACUACUUUAUUGUAGAGGGAGAAAUGUAAGCAGAAAUGAAGGCUUAUGAUUUCUUACUCUUUAUUAUAGGUGCUGAGAAUUCUAUACAACUUGCUGGCCUUGCAAUAUUUGUUCUCAACAUACCGUAAUUAAUGAGGUAUCAUUAUGUAAUGGAUUACAUGUUUAACACCUGCACAGAAGGAUAAGAGAUGAGGAAUGUUCAAUAAAUAGUUGUUGGUAUCCUGUGUGUAUGUACUGCAUGACAUUUUAUGCUCACUACCACUUAGAGUUUGUAAAGAUAUAUAUAUAUAUAUAUAUAUAUAUAUUUUUUUUUAUCAUACCAGAAUUUCAGUGAUCCAAUAUCUUGGAUAAUUGUAAUUAAGAUGGGUGAUAAUUAGGUGGAUAUGAUUGAACAAGGUAAUAUGCUGUAUGUACCUCAAAUCAAAUUGUAUUUGUCACAUGCUUUGUAAACAGUGAAAGUUAAGUUCCUAACAAUGCUGAUUAAAUCUGAGUAACAAUAACUUGGCUAUAUACACGGGGUACCAGUACUGAGUCGAUUUGCAGGGGUACAAGGUAGAUAUGUACAUACAGGUAGGGGUAAAGUGACUAGGCAACAGGAUAGAUCAAACAUUAGCAGCACUGUAUAUAAUGAGUCAAGAGUUAGUGCAGCUGUAGAACUGAAGGCCCAUGCCAAAUAUUUUCAGCCUCUUGAGGGGAAUGCGUGUGCUUUCACCACACACACCGGUGUUGGUGUGUGUGGACCAUGUUCAUUCCUUAGUGAUGUGGACACCAAAGAACUUGAAGCUCUCGAACCACUCCACUACAGCCCCGUCGAUGUGGAUGGGGGCGUGCUCAGCCCUCCGUUUCCUGUAGUCCACGAUCAGAUCCUUUGUCUUUCUGACAUUGGAGGAGAGGUUUUUGUGCUGGCACCAUAGUACCAGGUCACUGACCUCUUUAUAGGCAGUCUCAUCAUCGUCAGUUAUCAGGCCUACCACCGUCAUGUCAUCAGCAAAACCCACUGCCAGUUUUUCGAAGGACAUCUAAUCUUACAUGCAUUUUAUUUACAUUUAUGGAGCUCAAUUUCAUUUUCUUCCUUGCUAGUAUAGUUUUGAUACUAAGACUUUGGAUUUCAACCGUUAUUGAUUUUACAGUAUUGUCCAUUAUCACAAUUUCCUCAUUGAUAUUUCAUCUAAUUCAGGUAGAGUGCUGAGAACACUUUCAUAUUAUUUAGCUACAGCAGUGUUGUCCAGAAUUAUUGGAAUGGAAAAUGUUAUUUGAAUAAACUCUCCAUGAUGGAAUAAUUUCCCCU